AUAAAUUUGAAUUCUAAAUCGAAUUCGAAUUGUUCUUUGAUUUGAUUUUUAAUUUUAGUUUUCAUUUUUUUUUUUUUUUUUGGUUUUGAAUUAAAAUGGCGACGAGGAAUCGGACCUUGAUAUUCAAGAGGUACAGAGAUGCGUUGAAGACGGUGAGGGUUCCGGCGAUUUCGUCGUCGCAAAAUUCAGCGAACGGACCGGUGAUCGAGAUGGUCAGCUCGUCGCUGUUGAAUCCGAAUCGGAAAUACGCUCCUCUCAGUACGGAGGAUCCUGGUAAUUCAAGUAAAGGUGCAGUUACAGUUACAGUUGGUUUACCACCAUCUUGGGUGGAUGUAUCUGAAGAAAUAGCAGCUAAUGUGCAACGUGCACGAACGAAAAUGGCUGAGCUAGCCAAAGCUCAUUCCAAGGCUUUAAUGCCUUCGUUUGGAGAUGGUAAAGAAGAUCAGCACAUGAUUGAGACUCUUACCCAAGAAAUAACGAACCUUUUGAGGAGAUCAGAGAAGAGAUUACAACUACUUUCAGCUUCUUCGACUUCUGAAGAUUCAAAUGUUAGAAAAAAUGUGCAGCGAUCUCUUGCCACAGACCUUCAGAACCUCUCCAUGGAGCUUCGUAAGAAACAGUCAGCUUAUUUGAAGCGCCUCAGGCAACAAAAAGAGGGUCAAGAUGGAGUUGAUUUGGAGAUGAAUCUAAAUGGAAGUAGAUCUAGAACAGAAGACGACGAUUUGGAUGACAUGGUGUUCAGUGAGCAUCAGAUAGCGAAGCUGAAAAAAAGUGAGGCGUUUACAGCAGAAAGAGAAAGAGAGAUCCAACAGGUUGUGGAAUCAGUAAAUGAGCUUGCUCAAAUUAUGAAGGAUCUUUCAGUACUUGUAAUAGACCAGGGCACUAUUGUUGAUCGGAUAGACUACAAUAUUCAAAAUGUUGCAACUACCAUUGAAGAGGGUCUCAAACAACUUCAGAAGGCCGAGAGAACACAGAAACAAGGGGGGAUGGUAAUGUGUGCGACGGUGCUAGUUAUCAUGUGCUUUGUCAUGUUGGUCCUUCUAAUCCUCAAGGAAAUACUGUUCUGAUCUUUGAACAUAACUAUUUCCAUGAUUCAUUUACAUGUGAUAAUCCUACCCUUCUGAGAAUUUUACAUGCAUAAAGAUGAUGAUGCACACACCGCCUUGCAAAAGAACACGGGAGUUUCGAACUGCCCCUUUUAUGUAUACUACCAGAUUAGACGGCUACUUUGAUUUACUCGAUUUCUCUUUUAUUCUUUUAUAGGAAAACAAAUGAAUAUCCUGAAAAAUGUAUAGAGCUUAAAAGUGUAUUUUGUCAUGUUUUAUGGAUUCUUCUGUUUUUACCUCGGACAUACAGUAACUUGGUUCCCACAGUGCUUCCGUUUUUGAGGAGAAGAGGCAUUUGAUUUGUUUGUAUCAAUUUUUUUGUGUAAUAAAAAAGAGAAGCAUUCAA